AUGCCCAAACGCAAACUCGCCGACCUCGCGGAGCCACCCGCCCCACAGUCCCUCCAAGCCAUCCGGCUAUCGCAAAAGUUCGACCAGAGCGUGAUCGUGCUGUCGCGCGCCUUCAAGGCCGCACGGAUCUCCGAGCGCCAGAAGAUGGGUCGGCGGGAGAAGACGGCGAAGGCGCAGCCGGGGAGUAGAAGGACGCUGGCGCGAUUGGCGGAGGAGGUGCAGGUUUUGAAGACACUCGAUUUCACAGUUGCGGCCAAAAAACACAUUUUCAAACAACUAUCGAGAACGAAACGCAUCGCCGAGUCGACCACGUUCGCCGAGUUCCAGCAGUCAAGGAAGCUCGCUGCGGGUGGGCCCUCGUCCGAGGCGGAAGCGAAUGUCAUGGGGCUACUGUGCAAGUCAACUCCUGUCAAGAAUGUCUUGCCGGGUAUCAUGGAUGGGAUAAGGGAGAUCAUGGGAUUGGAUGAUAUGUCGGCGGCGGGGAAGAAGGGCAGUCAGGCAGCGAAGGGUGCGCAGAAGAAGGACCAGGCGAAGCCGAAACGGAGUGAACGACCUACAACAGCCGACGAAGACGAAGACGAAGAAGAGGGUGAACCCCGCGCCAUAGCAGCCGGCGACGACUCCGACGACGACAUGGACCUAGCCCAAUACUCCAACCAACUCGCAUCCGACUCCGAAUCCGACUCUGAAUCCUCCCGCCCACCGCGAAACGCAAUGUCCAUCUCCCCAUCGCGCUCCCCCUCCCCUACAUCCCCCCCGCAAAAGCAACAAAAAGCCCAACCCCGGAUCAAACCAACAACAACCACCUUCCUCCCAUCUCUAACAAUGGGCGGCUACUUCUCCGGCUCCGAAUCCGAGCCCGAAGACGCAGCGGACAGCGGGGUCGCCGCGCCCCGCAAAAACCGCAUGGGCCAGCAGGCGCGCCGCGCGCUUUGGGAAAAGAAGUACGGGACGGGUGCGAACCACGUUAAGCAGGAGCAGGCGAUGGCGAGACGGAGCCGGGAUAAUGGGUGGGAUAUGAAGAGGGGGGCGACGGGUGGGGAACGGAGACAUGGUGGUGGGAGGGGGGGGUACGAUCGGGGGGAUGGUCGUUCUUCGUUUCCCUCGCGGAAUGGCGGAGAUGGGAAUGGACACAUGGCGAGGAAGCCCCCUCCUCCUCAAGAUAAUAAACCGCUGCAUCCGUCUUGGGAGGCGGCGAAGAAGGCGAAGGAGCAGAAGAACAUUGCUGCGUUUCAGGGUAAGAAGAUGGUGUUUGAUUAG